AGCAAUUCAAACGAUAAUAUAUUAUAAAAAAAUCAAAGUAUCAUAAAAAUAUGAUUCCUUUUAAUAAACUAAACACUUCAAUGGUAUUAGCAUUCAUUGGUUUAUGUGUUCUAUUUUCGGUCGGAGCCACUGUGCUCAAUGUGAAAAAUCUUUGCCGAAAUAAACGUACUUGUCAUGAGUGUAUUCAGACAAAAAAUUGUGCCUGGUGUUUGCUACCAGAUAACGGCAAUAAAUCAAGAUGUUUUCCAUCUUAUUUUAAAAGCUAUUGUGCAAAAGACUUUAUUUGGAAUCCCACUACCAAACAAAAUUUUACCAGUAAUCGAAAAUUAACUUUAGGAGGUUAUGCUAGAUCUGGAGAAGUAAUAAUUGAAGAUAUUGUACAAAUCAGACCUCAACGUGUUUCUUUAAAAUUACGCAUAAACGAAGUUCAUAGUUUACCUCUGCGUUUUUCUCAAGCUAAGGAUUACCCGAUUGAUUUGUACUAUCUAAUGGAUUUGUCAAAAUCUAUGGAAGAUGACAAAGCAAAAUUGUCUGCUUUGGGCGAUUUGCUGUCGGAUACAAUGCGUAAUAUUACCUCUAACUUUCGCCUAGGAUUUGGCUCAUUUGAUGAAAAAGUCAUAAUGCCCUUUACUUCGACGGCGCCUACGAAAUUGAUAUCACCGUGCGAUGGUUGUGAACCACCUUAUGGAUUUAAGAAUGUGAUGUCUUUAAGCACAGAUACAAGUCGGUUUUCAACUGAAGUAAGAAAUGCUCCUAUCUCUGGUAAUUUGGAUGCACCUGAAGGUGGUUUUGAUGCUAUAGUGCAAGCUAUUGUUUGUCGUGAACAAAUCGGUUGGCGUGAACAAUCUCGUCGUUUGCUAGUAUUUUCAACUGACGACAGUUUUCAUUACGCUGGCGCUGGCAAGCUUGCCGGGUUAAUUGAACCCAAUGAUGAACAAUGCCAUUUAGAUUCAGAGGGACUUUAUACACACUCAAUAAUGCAAGACUAUCCUAGUAUUGCCCAAAUAAAUCGUAUAGUAAUAGAAAAUUCCAUAAAUUUAAUAUUUGCUGUAACAGCCAAUCAAAAGUCAAUCUAUAAGAAAUUAUCUAAAACUAUUGAAGGUUCAUCGACGGCCACGUUGUCAGAUGAUUCUUCAAAUGUUGUCGACUUGGUUAGAGAUGAAUAUAAUAAAAUAUCUUCUUCAAUUGAAAUGAGAGAUAAUGCCACCAACCAUGUUAGGAUCACCUAUUUUUCGUCGUGUUUGAAUGGCGACUCAGAAAUACCCACUUCAAAAUGUGAUGGCUUAAAGGUCGGUGAUAUUGUUAAUUUUACUGCCCAAAUUUUGGUUACUUCAUGUCCCACUGACCCUAACGAAUGGCAUCAGGUUAUUGAAAUAUAUCCUGUAGGAAUUAAUGAAACAUUACUAAUCGAUUUAGAAAUGAUUUGUACAUGUCCCUGUGAAAACCCAGAUUCAGAUGAUUAUCAAAAAAAUUCUGCGCUCUGCAAUAAUCAUGGAACCCAAAUUUGUGGUACUUGUGAAUGUGAUGAUUCAUAUAUUGGUCACAAUUGUGAAUGUUCUUCGGUUGAUGUGAAUGAGAAACAUAUUGGUUGUCGUGCUAAUAAUAUGACAACUAUCGCAUGUAAUGGACGUGGCAUAUGUUUGUGUGAUGUUUGUGUAUGUGAUAAAAGAUUUAAUCCGACAGAAAUUAUUUCUGGAAAAUACUGUGAAUGUGAUAACUUCUCAUGUGAUCGUCAUGAUCAGCAAUUGUGUUCAGGACCAGAUCAUGGUGUAUGUGAGUGUGGUAGUUGUAUUUGUAAACCUGGUUGGACUGGUGAUGCUUGUGAUUGCAAAGCUUCAAAUGAAACAUGUAUUUCACCUAAUGACGGUAAAAUUUGUUCCGGACAGGGUGAAUGCGAAUGUGGUGUUUGCAAAUGCAAGAAAACCAAAGAGAGUUAUUUUUCUGGUCAAUUUUGUGAAUCUAGUCGUUGUCAUGAGUUAAAGGAUUGUGUUCAAUGUCAAAUGUUUAAGACCGGUCCACUCAGAAAUCUUACAGAUUGUAUUGCUAAUUGUACGACAUUUGUUACAAAAGGUUCAUCAAAGAUCGAAAUUGGCUAUCAGAAUGAAGAAAAUAUUUGCAUAUUUUAUGAUGAAAAUGAUUGCAAGUUUACUUUUAAGUACAGUGAAGACAAGGAUAUAGUUGAAGUGUACGCGGAGCUUCAUCUUGAAUGUUCACCUCAAGUAUUAAUAUUGAGAAUGGGUUUGGGAAUUACUGGCACCAUAAUAUUCGUCGGUUUGGGCACUUUGUUUUUGUGGAAAAUUUUUACUGCCAUACACGAUAGCAUUUUGGUGGCUAAAUUUGAACAAGAACGAAUGGAGGCCGAAUGGUGUCCGGUAAAUAUGAUAUUAGCAGAUUUUAAAUUAUUAAUUAUAUUUUUUUGCAGGGUGGAGAUUUUUAUCCAAUUUCUAGUCCAACCACAACAACUUUCCGAAAUCCUAGCUAUAAUAGAUAAUUUAAUAAAUAAAAUUCAAGCAUGAAUUAUAGAAUUGGUAAUAAAUAUAAUUAAAAUAGAAAUUGGAUCCCAGAAAUUGACUA